CCCUCGGCCAGACCGUCGUCGAGCUCAUCGCUCAUCGCGACUCACGGUACGCUCGACGCUUCUCAUCCACUUCGCCAUGGAUCACGACCGAAAAUCAGUGGUGUCCUCCUUCUACGGGGGACGCAGGUCCACCGACGCACUCAACGCCGACUAUGCCUCUCCCCCUACAAACCAGAACCACGCACGAAUAGACUCUGCUUCGUCGUUCUACAACCCGGAUCGGGCGUCGAGGGCAGGCACCGGGAUGCAUGGUGCUACGCCGACUGCGGGGUACAACCGCUCGUCUUUUUUCCUUACUGGGAGAGAGGAACCUGUGAAGGGUGGGUAUGACGAGGAAAGCAUGAUGGCUAAUCGCGACGAAGGCUUUGACAUCUAUGCCGACUUCAACAACCAGGGGCCCCGGUAUUCUGCUGCCUUCGUGCAUAAGGAUACAGGAUAUCGACCAGUGCCGUCGCCGACGCCAUACAAGGAACAGGAAGCAAACCCAGCUACACCGGGUUCGGUAGAGCUCGUCACUGUACCAGCAUUGGGGCCCGAAUGGAAAAAAUCGGAGAUGCGUGAGAUGAGGAGCAGUGCCAAGCGCCAAGAAGCCCUAGAGUCAUUCCGAGACAAGUGGAAUGCGUGGAAUCGCGGAGAGCGAGGCAUAUGUGGUCCAUACUUCACGAGGCGGACAACGACAUACGUCGUCUUUGGGCUCUGCGUAGCUGUCGGGAUCGUGCUCGCCUUCGUAAUUCCGCGUGUGCCCGACUUGUACUUCCCAUCAUCAAACCCGCUCAGCAAUGCCACAUAUCCGUUCAACAGCUCAGUGCAAACAAUCUUCUCGCGCUCGCCUGCCAACUUCAGCUUCCCAGCAGACGUUAGCAUCCAGUUUUCCACAAGCUCGAAUUACCUCCCUUUACACUUCACGAAGCUCGAAGCGACCGUGUUUGAUCAGUCCCAGGACCGGCAGGUAGCGACAGGUCAUCUUGGAUCAACUUCCAUACCUGCGAAGGCGUACUCCACCUUGAAGAUCCCAUUGAACUUCACAUAUGUGGCUACGAAUGACUCCGAUAUCACUUGGUUGGACUUUUACGACGCUUGCCGAAAUCCUGCAGCGAACGCGAAUGACACGCGACCACCACUGCAAUUCUAUCUCGAUCUUGAUAUGUAUAUUCUUGGCCUUCCUGGCAAGAAAUCUGAAUCAAUUACAGCAACCGAGGCGGAGUGUCCAAUCACGCUCUCUCUAAGCGCAGCGUAAUGCGACUGCGCAGGCGGCCUGGGACCUUUUCUCUUACUUAUUGACUUUCAUUGUUUGAAUAGCGUUCAAGGCUUCCUUGUGUGUCAUUAGCUCACUUCGUGAUAGCGGACCCAAUAUCGGACUAUAGUGGACUUUCAGUGACAUAUCAUUUCUGCACCUUAUUCUUGUCUGACGUCGCUCACUGUUCGUGUCCAUACUACGUUCUGUAUUGUUCGCACACUAAUGCAUGGCUCUCGCCGUUUGCCUGAA